UUAUUUUUUACACUAAACGUAGUAAGUAGUUUCGGUAAUUGAAUAAUAGAAAAAAUAUUUAAUAAAACAAAAUAAACAAUUCAAUAUGAUUGAUGAAUUCGAUGAUGUUCUGGAAGUAUUCGUCACAUUUUGCAAAAUAAUUGACGAACCGCCUUUAACCGAAAGUAUGGAGAAGCAGGACUUUGUGAAAAUUUACGAUUGCUGUGAAUUUAUUGAAAACUUUAUAACAAAAGUAAGGGAACAAGAAAAAGAAGUAGAAUUCGAAAAGUAUUUAAAUUACCGACUUUCCACUACGUAUCAAUGUUCAAAUUUCGAGAAAGCUUGUGACAAAAUGCUCGAAAUAUUAAUGAAAGACCCACGUGUUUCAACGAGGAAAAUUGAUAUACUAUUCAGUAUUUAUAUUCAACGUUUCGGUCAAGAGAGAUUUCGCACAUUUUUAGAUAGCAACUUAAAAGAUGCAAUGUAUUCAAAUUUAAUAUUAAAUUCCCUAGCGGAGCAACAAGUUCCAAUUUCUGAAUUACGUGACGACGCAAUAUUUUUCACCUGGGAUAAGCAAGUGACUAAUGGAAAAAAAAUUGAAGUUGCUCAAUAUAUUGACAAUAUGUUGGACGAUAAUCAAGUAUCGAAACUGAUUGACGGAUGUCUAAACAGUAAAAUGAAACCGAAAACAAAAAAUCUCAUUAUGGAGAGAUUUACAUUGAGAGCAUUUGAAAAUAAUAGGAAAUUUUUUCAAGAAAUUCUAGAAGUUGAACCCACGAAACUUGUGAAAAUUCUCCAGGAAAAUUCGAAAUUUUGUACCAAUUUUUUAGAUACUGUCUUUUAUUUUGGACGUUCAAUGUUUUUCCAGGAGGGAAAUUGGAUUUCAGAGGAGGGUGUUCAGUAUGAGGAUAUUGCGAAAAUUUUCCGAAUUCUUCUAACUGAAUCAAAUGAAAUUAGUUGUCAGACACAGAGGCAAUUGAAUAUUGCCAAGGAAAUGGAUGGGAAUUUUUGGGAGGAUAUUGAAAGAGACUGCGUUCGUUUAUAUAUUGUGAAAAAUGUCAAUUAGGGUUUAAAUAAUUUUCUCUCGUGUAAAAUAAUUUUUCUACAAUUAUAGAAUAUUUCUAAUAGUAAUUAUGCUAGUAUGUUAGACGUUAUGGCAUAUUUUAAAAAAAACAAAUAUAUAAUUU